ACCGCUGGAACUGGGACAAUUUACCACUCACCAUGUUCCCAGAACGAGCCCACCCACUCAUGUCGAUUGUUGAAGCAAAUGUCGAGAUCGCUUGUUCGAGAGUCGAUCUUCAAAAUAAUUGAUAGAGAUUUUUGUAAAGCCACAUAAAGUUGAGGUUAGUUUAGUUAGUGUGUUUGAAAAGUUUUGAUAUAUUUUUGGGGUUAUAUCUCUAUUUUACAGUAUAAUUUAAAACUAAUUUGAAUGUUAACUUGCUAAUUUCAAUAUUCUACAAUGGCUGUCGAGGAUAAAAAACAAAGGGCAGCGUUUUUCAAUGAUAAAACUUUGGAUACAUUAGCUGUUUAUUUUCUUGGUGAUAUUCAUAGGUUUAGAGAGAAUAUUGUUAUUCCUCGAAGUAUGGGUCCUGUGUACAUAAAAACAAAUGAAGAGAAGAUGGUUGAAGCUGCAUUUGAAAGUUGUGCUUUUAAAACUGGCAUGAGUUGUGUUCUUGGUUACGGUUUCGGGGCUGCAGUUGGACUGUUCUCUUCAAGUGUCAGUCCCAUGACUGUUCCUGGCCAAGAAAUGAAACAGAGUUCCGCCCGUGAAAUUCUGCGUGAAAUGAAAGGCACAACACUGAGCUAUGCAAAAAACUUUGCUCUUGUUGGCACAGUAUUUGCAGCUGUUGAAUGUACAAUUGAAUCGUAUCGAGGGAAGUCAGAUUGGAGAAAUGGCACCUAUGCAGGCGGUGUGACUGGUGGAUUGAUUGGAUUAAGAGCGGGUGUUAAAGCUGGCAUCUUUGGAGCUGCAGGAUUUGCAUUGUUCUCCACACUCAUAGAUUACUACAUGCAUAUGUAAUAUCCAAACAGAACUUCGAAUAGUUGAGUUGGAUAAUCUUCACUACUCUUAUUGUUGUGUACUUCUAUUUUGUAAAUAGCCAUCAUGUAAAUAUUGUUGACUUUCUUCGAAUUGUUUUAAUUAAAUCAUCUCGAUUGAUUGUA